AUGAUGGAAUUCAAUGAUGUGUUGGGUGAAUGCGAGCUCAUUGAUAUGGGGAUGACGGGGGGGCGUUUCACUUGGGAGAAAGGUCGAGGAACAGAUACGUGGGUGGAAGAGAGGUUAGACAGGGUCGUGGCAACGGUGGAGUGGUUGGAAAUGCAUGAUGGGGCGGUGGUUAAGAACAUCUAUACUAAUUCAUCCGACCAUUGCGCUCUUCUUGUCGACCUUCAUACAAAACCUGACCGAAUAGCUAUUUGUGGCGAGCGUCUUUCAAAAUGGGGUGGGGAUUAUCAUCGGCAAUUUGGCGCACGGAGCAAAGAACUUCGGCACAUUCUGGCUAAGUUGAAAGAGGAUCGUACGCCUCACGCUGUGGCCAUUUUUUUGGCGGCGGAGAGGGAGUUCGCGGCUCUUAUGAAAGCGGAGGAAGUUUUUUGGAAACAACGAUCCAAGCAGCUUUGGUUAAAACACGGGGAUGCCAACACGAAAUAUUUCCACAGGUCGGCAACGGCACGACGAAAGCACAAUAUGUUGUCCCGUGUCAAAGAUCAGAAUGGCAUGUGGGCCGAGGGGACGGCUAUGAACUCAGAGAUAAUCAGGUAUUUUGAACACAUUUUCUGUUCUGGCCCUCGCACUGCUAAUUUGUUUGACCGGGUUCGGGAACGUGUAACAAACGAGAUGAAAAUCUCUCUAUCACAACCGUUCACAAUGGCAGACGUUAAAUCUGCCUUAUUCGAUAUGAAACCGGAAAUGGCGCCCGGGCCGGACGGUAUGUCACCGGCCUUCUUCCUGCAUUUUUGGCCGGUCCUUGGGCAUGACUUAACCAUGUUCAUUCUACACUGUGUGGAACACAAGCAAUUUCCACCGGAGUUGAAUGAUUCUAAUAUUGUUCUAAUUCCUAAAAAGCCUGUACCGGAGAAAGUGUCGGACUUACUUCCAAUCGCUAUGUGCAAUGUGGUGUAUAAGGUGUUAGCCAAAAUGCUUGCCAAUAAGUUAAAGGGGUGUCUAGCUCAGAUUGUUUCCCAAUCUCAGAGUGCGUUUGUUCCUGAAUGUUUACCCACGGAUAAUAUCAUUGUGGCCGGGGAGAUAGGUCACUACCUACGGAGGAAAACCGGGGGGGGGGGGGGGGGGGAGGCACAAGGGUGGGCUGCGUUAAAGCUUGAUAUGGCUAAGGCGUACGAUAGGAUGGAGUGGCCCUUUUUAGAGGGCAUGAUGCGGGCGUUGGGUUUGGAGCGUGGGUGGGUAGAGAUGAUUAUGUUGUGUGUCACGUCUGUGAAUUAUUCUAUUAUGGUAAAUGGAGAUGUCGCGGGACGAGGACGUCCUACCAGGGGUAUCCGACAAGGAGACCCUCUAUUACCUUACCUCUUCAUCAUCUGUGCAGAAGGUUUGUCUAUCCUUCUGCAACAGGCGGAGGCCCGGGGGGACAUUCACAGUGUGAGGGUGGUGCGGGGAGCCCCGACCAUCACCCACCUCUUUUUUGCUGACGAUAGUUUACUCUUUUUCAGGGCAAAUGAACGGGAGGUACUAACUGUAAAAGAGUGUCUUGAAAUUUACAGUAUGGCCUCGGGACAACUUAUCAAUUUUGAGAAAUCCAGUGCAAUUUACAGCCAUAACACGACAGUGCCUUUACGGGAGGUGGUAUCUAGGCUCAUUGGGGUGCCCGAAGCGGUGGAUUUGGGGCAUUACUUGGGCCUUCCGUCGGUCUUGGGACGCAACAAAACUAUAAUUUUUAAAUAUAUUGAAGAGAAUAUCCGGGCAAGAAUUGGGAUGUGGCAAAACAAGAUACACUCUCGUGUAGGUCAAGAAGUGCUGAUAAAGAGUAUAGCACAAUCUCUACCGAUUUUUACUAUGUCGGUGUUCUUAUUACCUGUUUGUGUUUGUGAUUCUCUGGAGAAGAUGUUUAACCGUUAUUGGUGGGGUGGUGGAAGUUCAGGAAGUCGAGUGAUUCAUUGGCUCAGCUGGGGUAGAAUGUGUACUCCAAAAUCGAAGGGCGGGCUCGGCUUCAAGAAACUACACGAAUUUAACAUAACUCUUUUGGCCAAACAGGGGUGGCGACUUUUAAUUCAUCCAGAUUCCUUAGUGAGCCGCUUGUUAAAGGCAAAAUACUACCCUACGACGGGGUUCAUGGACGCACAAAUUGGGCAGAAUCCUAGCUUCAUUAGGCGUAGUAUCCUUGCCGGGGGGAGAGCUUUACAAUUGGGCGUUGCUCGCCGAAUCGAUGAUGGCCGUGACACAAGGAUAUGGGGUUGGGACUGGCUUGCAGGUCCUUCUAAUAUACAGAUUCAUACUCCGUGUGUGGAGCAGCUACGCGAGGCCAAGGUGCACAGCCUCUUGAACGAGGCCAGGGGGUGGGAUGUUGAUCUUCUCAGGGAUAUUUUUCUUGCGGAAUAUGUGCCCAGAAUUUUAGCAACCCCGGUGAGUAACCAUUUUCGUGACAGUUGGCGGUGGAAGGGAGACAUUCGAGGCUGCUACACGGUCCAACAUGGUUAUCGUUUGUUAGUAGGCGAGGUGGCUCGACACGAUGACACUCACGGCUUCCUUGCGUGGAAGGCGUUAUGGGCACUGCCAAUCCCUCCAAAGGAUGAGGAGAAUGUGCUGUGGGGAAGAGAUGCUUUCAACUAUAUGUCUCAGACGGCUAGCUGGUCUCCACCUCUAAGGCAUACUUUCAAAUGCAAUGUUGAUGCUGCACUAUCCGGGGACGGCGCAAGUUUUGGUGCAGUGGUGCGGGAUUCCGAGGGUCGUUUUGUUGCGACUAAAAGUGGGCGUUUGAAGGAUGUAGAUGACCCAUAUAUGGCUGAGGUUCUUGGAGUGAAAGAAGCGUUGUUAUGGCUCAAAUCGCAGUUCCGUAGAAAUAUCAUCGUUGAAUCUGAUUGCUUAAAUUUCUGUAAUGCGUUUAAUUCUUGUAAUUCCGACUUUUCGUAUGUUGGUCUAGUAGUGAAGCAAUGUCUGUCGAUUGCUAGCGACAUGGAGAAUAUUAGUGUCUCCCGUGUCAAGAGAUCAGCGAACCGUGUGGCUCAUGAGUUAGCUCGGGCGACCGUUUCUAUGGCUGUCUCAGGGGUGUGGACUGAUAUCCCACCAUCUUGUAUCGUGCAUUAUUUAAGUUAG